GCUGUCAGAAUUGUUUGCAGAGUGAGUGUUUACCUCGGCGUUUUUCGCUUUUUUCCCUGUGAAGUAGUGUAUUUUCCCGGUGGAAGAGUGGUGCAAAUUGUGCUUGAGCAUCCCAAGAAGGUCUUUCAAGUGGAGUUUGAGGAGCGGCCGCCGAAAUGCCUGAUUUUGUGACCCUUGAUAUGGAGUGUUGGCAGGACGAGUUGAGCCCGGUACAGUUGGCGGCAUAUGAGAAGGCCGAGAAGGAGCACAACGACAUUCGGGAGAAGCUGUCUGAUGUGCUGAAGGACAGCACUGGACAGAAUAUCUUCACCGGGAAUGUGUUUUCGGCAUAUCAGCUCACGGGCCUGGUGACUGGGCUUGAGGAUGUGGCGCAGCCCUUGUCGGCCAUCCGGAGCGAAGGGAAGAAGGUCAGGGCGUCCGUGCAGAAGUCCUACUCAAAGUCGGGUCGAUACACGAAUGCUCCGACUGAGAAUAUCGAGAUAGCCGACGAUGAUGACGACGAUGAGGACAAUGAUGAGGAUUACAUGCCGCUGGCGAAGCGGAAAGCGCUGAUGAACAAGGAGAAGAAGAGAGAGUCGCAUAUUUCUUCUCCGGCGACUAAGAAAUCCCCCAAAGCCGAGACGCCAGUGAAGAUUCCCGCUGUGGUGGCCAAAGUGCGACCAUCUGAGGCCACCUCGAUUGGCGGGCUGUCUUUGAAUAGUGCUUCUCAGAUCGCGGCGAAGGAUUCGCCAGCGGGGAAGUCGAAGGAAGUGGUGGACCUGACCAAGGAGGAUGGUGGGAAGGCCGCAGCGGAUAGCAGAGAGAUCACAUUCAACAAGUUGCAAGGCAAAACCUAUCCAUCGCUCGUGGUUGUGGCCAGGCCAUCACUGAAAGUGAAGGACAACGCGCAGUCUGACCGCGGAACGCUUGACACAAAGGUGAAGAGCGUGCUGACAUAUCCCACGACCAAGUUCACCGAGUGGCUCAUCCAGCAGGGCCUCGUGAGGAGCGCCCAGACGUGUCAACUGCAUCCGGACACUGCCCUGAAGCUGGGAAUGUAUUCAGACAGCUCGAAGUUUCCCUAUUCCGGUGGCUACGUGUGGAUAAGCUCGUGUUGUCCCACGCGAUACGUGUCUGUCUUCAACGCUUCGAUCUUCGAGGGGUCCGUGCAUCCGCCAUCGGUGAUUCUGAAGCUCGUUUAUCACUGGGCGUGCCAGACAAACGUCCCGAACGUGGUGCAGUGGGUGAAGGUGGACAAUUUGUACGUGAAGGGCAUCUACACCUUCCUGCGCGCCGUCUGCACGGUGGCUCUGUACUAUCACAUCACUCUGCUGGGUGGUGCGGGCAAGAAGAUUGAGGUGGGCGUCAUCUCGCUGGGCACCACGACCCAGGAUGGCCAGCAGAGGCAGGUGAAGGUGGAGGUGCUCGGCGUGUACGAUCCUGAGGGCAAGUUGAUUCGUCUGCGCGCCAUUGAGCCCUACACUGGACCGGAUAAGAACAACAGGAAGCGCUUCGAGAGGAUUCUGGAGCCACUGCGCGAGUGGGUGAAUCGCGACAGCAUCAUCUUGACGGACUUGACAGUGGACAAGAGUUGUCUGCACACGUUGGGCUUCAAGACUGUCCAUCAGGCGCUGCCGUCGGACUCCAGUCGCAACAGCAAUGCCACCAUUAUGGACUACUUGAGGCGCAUCGUGCCAAGGAUGUUCCAGAACACGCUCUCACUGCUGUCCAGGGCCAUCAUUCAGCAGUUCCUGGAUGAGUUGGUGUGGCGAGAGUGGUAUGGCACGUCUCCAGGCAUGGCCUUCGACAACAUCGUGAAUCAUCUGGCGGAGCAGACGCGAUUGGAUCACAAAGCGUCACUCACGAGUCGUCUGAACAAGGUGGCGGCGGAUCCAUUCCAGAAUUGGCAGCACUUCUCGGUGACCAACACUAAGGGGAAGCGCAAAAUGCCAGCCACAUCGGCGAUUCCCAUAGCGGCUGCUGAGUCACCCAAGGCGAUUACGCCGCCUGAGAAGAAGACGCCACUGGCUGUUGCGUCCACAAGGCGUGGCCAGGCGGCUCCGUCGCCACCAGUGCCGGCCGCCGCGCCCUCCAGUGGGGGUAAGGUGGGGCGGCCGAAGAAAGAGGACACGGCGGACAAGAUUGCGCUGGAGAGCUACUAUUAUGGCGUCUUUGAGGGCGAGGGAACGACUGUGGAGGCCGGAGAGAUGGUGAACUUCGAGAUCAAAUGUCCGGAUUGCGACAAGGUGGUGACAAACAACACGGACUUGAUGGAUCAUCUGUUCACGCACGUGACAACGAGCGUUGGCAGGAAGAUCUGCCGCUACUGCUUGGACAGAUUCUCCUCGCCGGACGGCCAGACGCGCCACAUUCUGCUCGCGCAUCCCAUCGACACGAAGUACAUGAGUCAGGGUGGCGGCUUCAACUGUCUGAUAUGCGAGCAGAGACACGCGAAUCUCAUCACGUUGGUCACGCACAUGGGCAUGCGUCACGUGACAUCAGAGAUGCCAUACAAGUGCGGCGGAUGCGAGUACAGAAGCUCAAUUCUGCGCCAAACCAUCGAUCACUUCUACACGAAGCACAAGCUGUCCGGCAUGCUGCAGUGCCCGUUCUGCCUGAAGAUUUACGUGGCCGCCAGUGCGGAUGAGGUGCACUAUGCCAAUGUCAUGGCCUUCCUCAAGCACCUGCGCAAGCACAUGCUGAAGACGGUGACGAAGAAGUGCUCGCGCUGCGCUCUCAGCUUCAUCUCCAAGUCUGCACUCAAGAUUCACAACACGUACGCGCACAUUUCGCACUCGUGGCAGCAGCAGGACUUGCUGCCGGUCAACAAGGGCAUCACGCACAUCUCCAAGCCGAAGCCCAAAGCUGACGUUCUGCCCACUCGUCCGGCUUCAGUGAAUCCCUCUUACGAGGAUGUCACUCUGAAUAUUCCCACUGGACGUCGAUGCCUCGAGUGUGACUAUGAUUUUGAGGAGGACAAUCAUAUUGUGGGCUUGAUGAAGUGCUCAAAGUGCAACAAGUUCCAGACGAGCUGUCUUCGCGCCUAUCUCGAUCACAGUCACGCGUGCUCAGCGCCUCCGCAGAAUGCGGCUCCGCUGGGCAGCGAUUUCGUGUGCGUGUGCGGCUUCGGUGGCAAUGAUGGGAAUGUCCUGGCCAUGCACAUGGUCGCGUGCGAGCGCAAGAGUGUAUAUGCCACUGUGGAGGAUGCCAAUGAGAACACGGUGAAGCGCAAUAUGCUGGACAUGUUGGAUUUGGUGAGACGUUCCGAUUCCACGCCUGAGCAGCAGUCGGAGGAGCAACUGGAGGCGCCACAGGAGCCUGAGCAGCCGGAUCAGUUCAAUACGCAGCUCUCGUUGGAUGAUUUGGCACCGCCGUCGGUUCUGCCGCCGCCUCAGGAGCCAGACAGAACGCCUCAGCUCAGAGACGAGUACCAGUCUCUGGCUACGCCUCAGGUUCAGGGCGAGUACGAGCCGAUGCAGCAGAUGGACGUGGGCUCUGGACAGUUUAUGUAGGAGAAAACCUAACGACACAGCCUCGCGUAAACUAGAAUUUAAUCUUAAUUGAAGUACAUUUUUUCUAUCAUCUGAAUUGUUGCGUCUUCUUUGUGACGCUUUAGACGUUUUUCAUAAAAAAAAUUAUAGAGAUGUAGUUGCAAUAUUGCGUAAAUAAAAA